UCUCUUGCACCAUCUCUCCAUCCAUCCAUCCCCACCAAAACAAGGGCAUGAAGAGCAGGAAGGGGUACGGGCACCAGGGCCACCUGCUGAGCCCGGUGGGCAGCCCGCCGUCGGACAACGAGUCCGGUGCCGUGGCAGCGGCGGCCACGGCCGGCGGCGGCGGCGGGUGCGGGAGCAGCGUGGGUUACUGCGGCGGUGGCGGCGGCGAGUCGCCGGCCAAGGAGCAGGACCGGUUCCUCCCCAUCGCCAACGUGUCGCGCAUCAUGAAGCGCUCCCUCCCCGCGAACGCCAAGAUCUCCAAGGAGGCCAAGGAGACGGUGCAGGAGUGCGUGUCCGAGUUCAUCAGCUUCGUCACCGGCGAGGCCUCCGACAAGUGCCAGCGCGAGAAGCGCAAGACCAUCAACGGCGACGACCUGCUCUGGGCCAUGACCACGCUCGGCUUCGAGGCCUACGUCUCCCCGCUCAAGUCCUACCUCAACCGCUACCGCGAGGCCGAGGGCGAGAAGGCCGCCGUGCUCGGCGGCGCCCGCCACGGCGACGGCGCGGUGGACGACGGCCCGCUCGCCGCGGGCGGCGCCGUUCCGCCGUCCGGGGCCGCCGGUGGUGACCGCGCGGGCCACGACGGCGCCGCCGACGCUGACGCGCACGUCGGGCUCAUGAUGGGAGGGGCCAGCAGCGUCGUCGGGUUCGGCGCCGGCGGCGGUGCGGCAGCGUCGUACUACACGGCCACGGCAGCACGGAAGGCGUACGGCGCGGGGGAAGGGUCGACGAAGGUGAUGGAGUUCGAAGGCAUCGCCGGCGAGGAGGAGAACGGCGGCGUGCAGAGGGGGAGAGGGUUUGCCAACAACCAUCUCCACGGCGCCGUGCAAUGGUGAAAAGGGCGCGCGUAGCUAGGGUGUAGAAGACGACGACAAACGAUACUUGCAUGGUGUUGCACUUGCACCUGCACUGCUGGCCGGCUGGUCCACACGCAGUGCAUCGUAUCUAAAUUUGCGUACUAAUCAAUUGCUGUUUCUGCUUUUCGUUAAAUGUUUAAUGAGUUCAUUUGAAUUUAAACUCAAAGUAUUUUCUAUUGAUCUGGAAGAAAUUCAGCUAAUUGUACAACGAGGCAAACAGUAAACUGCUCUAAUGAAGAGUAAGGCAUUGUUCAAUUGGUG